AUGGCGUCGGAUUCUCCCUCUAACCUAAUUGGCCUUGAGCAGCAGACUCCCGAGGCGGAUGUACCUGAGGCAGCUUCACAAUCUCCGGGGCCGGACCAAGACCGUGAAAGCGCACCCCUCUCGCCAAUCCGCCGACAACGCAAGUAUCCUGUCGGAUGGUCUCUUAACGAUGAAGAAUACGAGAGCGAGAGUGAGAGCGAGAGUCAAGAUUAUAACCAGAGUGCCUUCCACGACGGGACUAGCAGCGACCAUGAAGAUGGCGGUUCCCUCGGUCAGCUUCAGCAGUGGCUCAAGUCACACUGCAAAGACGCUCUCUUCGCCUGUGGCGGAGCAAUACCAAUCAUCACCGAUACUACUGAGGUCAAUGCGCCAAAGGGAGAGCCAUCCGCAGACGAAAACCCCCCAUCGAGUUCAGCGUCCGACCGUGCCUCAAGCUCAAGCUCAAGCUUAAGCACUGCUCCGUCGGCAUCCCCUCACCCACCCGUCACCCUGCGAUGGGACCCUCGAGAUCCCAAGACUCCCGCCGCUCAUUGCAAGCUGGAUUUUCCUAUCGAGGAGUCUAGUGCGGACAACCUCGAUCGCCUGCUUGCUGAUAUGGAGCCUGCAUCCUUUGGCCGCGGAGGAGAACAUGUGUACGAUGAGAGCUACCGCAAAGCUUCCAAGAUGGACCCUUCUCGCUUCACCACCAACUUCUGUCCCUAUACCUCGGGCAUAAUCAGUGUCGUGUCUCAGCUCCUCCUCCCAAACCCGCUUUCGGAGAAGCAGAGGACCCUCAAGGCUGAACUAUACAAGCUCAAUGUGUAUACUGGACCAUCUGGUCACUUCAGCUCCCAUGUCGACACUCCUCGCUCCCGUUCUCAAAUCGGAUCGCUGGUGGUUUGUUUGCCUGCCCAACACAAGGGAGGUGCCUUGAAAGUCCGUCAGGAAGAUCAGCUCAUGCACUUUGACUGGGACAACAUGGAUUUCGAAGGACCUCGGAUUCAAUGGGCUGCUUUCUACAGCGACUGCGAGCAUGAGGUGUGUGAGGUAUCCUCUGGUCACCGCAUCACCCUCACGUACAACCUGUACGUUACUCGAGGCGAUGGCCAGCUGUCAAACCACCCCAAUGCUCUUGACAUUGGCCACACGCCUCUCUUCGGGCAACUUGAAGAACUCAUAAGCGAUAGGGAGUUCUUGCCAGAUGGCGGCUAUCUUGGCUUCUACACCACCCACACCUAUCCUCACACCUUUUCAAAGGCCUGUUUGACCGACACCUUGAAAGGUGUUGACAUGAACGUUUGGCAAGCCUUUCAACGCCUCGGGUGUGGUGUAUGCCUGCGACCAGUCUUGAUCACCGAUCCCUUCGAAAGACGUGUCAAGCCCAGUCAUAUUGGCACCAGGUUUCCCCUAGAAAGGUACGACUGGAUUAUCGACCAGGAGAAGGAUUGGAAGGACCUUCUCAACGAGGUCUGGGGCCUUGAGAAGCUUUCUAUUGAAGAUGUAGUCUGGCUGAACGAAGUCGAUGAACGCACUGCGCAAGCAGCGUUUGCUUAUGUGACUUAUGGAAACGAGCCCAGCACGGAUCUUGCCUACUCACUCUGUGCGAUAAUCGUCGGGGUUCCAAAGUACACUGACAAUGGGAGGAUGGCAUUGAAGACAACCUUUGGUUCAUCUAGGGUAGACGAGGGUAACUGGGAUGAGCACCCACCAUACCCUUUUGACGAUGGCAUGUAG